AUGGAGGAUUCACAAAACCCCUCAGAGCUCCAGGCCAUGAUCGCAGCAGCUGUAACUGCAGCUAUGGAAAAGGCCUCCUCUAAGUCCUUCCAGACGGAACAGUCCAUCUCCAAACAGACUCACUAUGGUGCAGACUCUGAAAACUCUGACUCUUCCAGGGAACGCUCUCAUCGGCCUAAACGCCACUGGAAAGGUGAGGCCGCUGCACUGCGCAAAUUAAAAGGGAAAGCACCUGCUAAACGCAGAUCGACCACGACCCGUAUGGUCCACGAACCCACUCAGAUUUCCUCAGGUGAGGAAGACGCGGAACCCACACAUGCACUGGCUGUGCUGGAUGAAUGGCAGGUGGUGGUCUCCGAACAGGAGGACUCCGACAGGGACUCCGCAGCCAACUCUGACCCUUAUCUAAUAAGGGAGCAGAUCCUGGGUGAGCCCCAGGACUCCAUGACCACAUCCAUCG